ACACCCUUCUCUAUCCAUUUCACUCUAUCUCCCUCUGCCUAAGGACAGUUCAAGGCUUGUAUCUAGCCUUCUAACAAUGGCAAUAAUGCCGCCGACCUCCAUCGUCUUCUCCGUGAUCGUCUUCAUGCUCCUUUCCAGUGCCAUUACUACUCAAGCCGACGGCUCUGGCGAUGGCAAACCUAAGGCAACAAGCCUUGUAGUGGAAGCGUGCAAGAACGCCUCGGGCGAGACCCAAGACCCUGAUGUCACAAAGGAAUUCUGUUUGUCGACCCUCCAGUCGGACAAGCGAAGCGCCGAGGCUAAAGACCUCCCUGGCUUGGUGCUCGUCUCCAUCGACAUCCUUAAGGGCCGUGUCACUGAUGCUAGUGUCAAGGUCAAGAAAAUGCUACAAAACGCCAAAAAAGGCACAGUGGCGAUGUACGCUCUCAGUAUUUGUGAGCUGCAAUAUGAGAACGUGGUGAGCACGCUCAACAUCUGCCAAGCCAUGAUUAAGGAUCACCAAGGUGACAAGGGCAUCCUGCACUCCUUGCGUCUGCCCCACUGUGUGGAUAUCGCUGGCGACACUUCCAACGAGUGCCAAACUGAUCUUGAAGAUGUGCCAGGGACGGAGGCGCUGCAAACUGAUAACGAGAGGCUGCGCAUUCUGUUCAACCUCAACACCGCCUUGGUUGUACCAUAUGAUGUCCGUGAUUAGAUUAGUAUAAUGAUUGUUUUUGAUC